AUGCGCUCUCUGCAAUCCUCGACGCCUCCUUUAUCCCCAUCUCGACCCUCCACAGAGAGGCUAGUGGACCUAUCCUUUGACGACCAGCGGAUCACGUUGAACCGCUCAAACCGCGGGUCGAGUGCCUCCAUCGCAAGCUUGGCGUCCGGAAAGCCCUACCUGGAUUCUGAACUCGCAACACUCGUGGACGCUCCCCUCGCACCACUAGAGUUCUCCGUCGCUCAACUUCGCCGACGAAGGCUUGCUGCUCUGGCUAGUCCUGUCUUGUUGGAGGACAGCCUUUCGGACGGCAGGACCAUGUCCGACAUAGAAUGUGACCAGACGCCGCCCGAGUUCUCACAGAGAUACAGCGGCACGUCCGAUUCGUUCAUGCUGCUUGACGAGGACGAUCCGCGCGUCACUGGCGUCCCGAUCUUCCAAGGGAUCGACGAGAAAUGGAGAGAGAAGUCUAGGAAAGAGGCGGAGCACCUACCUCCAUACAAGCGGGAAAGGGUCGUUCAUGCACUGGAGAUGCAGUUUGUUGUUGAAUCUACAUUGAUCCGUCAUCGCUGCAUCGAGACCCUAGGACAGGCGCUCAUGAGUUACGGCUCUCCUGCUCAUCGCCUGAGAGGCAUUCUCGAUUCCACCGCGCAUGCGCUCGACGUUGACGUCGCUUUCAACAUCAGGUCGGACGAGAUCGAGCUCAUUUUCCGCGGAAAUAACGCUCAGACGACGUAUACGAGCCUCGUCCGUGCCCUGCACAGCUCUCAUCUAUGCCUUAGCCGCCUCGACACCAUACAUUGCGUCUAUCGCCGACUCGUUCGCACUCGAGAGCUUACGCCCCUGGAGGCCACGGAACUUCUUCGUCGCGAGAUGCAUGCUCCGCCAUUGCUCGGCUUUUGGAUGCAACUUUUCCUGUCAUUCUUCCUCUCGUUUCUGCUGUCGAAUCUGGCUUUUGGCGGCGCAUUCGUGGACAUGUUUGCUGCGGGGAUCGGUGCUACGAUUGUCUUCCUCUCCACCUAUCUCGUGCGAGGGAGUGUUACCAAGCUUACGGUGGAAUUCGUCUCAGUUAGCAUCGUAUCCUGCCUCGCGGCUGUCAUCAACAGCCUGACGGAUAACAUGGUGUGCUGGCAUGCUGUUGCGUAUUCCUCGAUCAUUGGUCGCUUGCAGGGUUAUUCUGCCGUGUUGGCUGUAUUGGAGCUUGUUCUGGGACAGGCGGAUUCGGGGGCGGUCAAACUCGUGACGGCGUUGAUGAGCACCCUCGUUCUCAGCUUCGGUCUAGAAGUCGGCACCGACAUCGUCUUCACGAUCUACCCGCAAUCGCCAUUGAAAGCGGACUCUACGUCGCCGUCACACGUGAUAGAGGGCUGUUACCGACCUCCCGGGUCCCCGUGGUUCUACACGCAUUUCCCGUGGUACUUCAUGUUCUUCACGGUCCCGCUCUUCGCUGUUGCUCGCAGCAUCGCCAACAACCAUCCCUGGCGCAAAUGGCGCGACCUCAUCGUUGCCAUUCUCAUCACCAUAUGCGCAUAUACCGUCAACAAGACCGCGAACCGCUUCCUUGUCGGUCAAACGGCCGUUCUGCCCAGUCUUGUCGGCGCGUUCACCGUCGGUUUCACCGGGAAUCUGUAUUCGCGGAUCUUUCAUGCGUCUGCGUUCACGGCGAUGGUCUCGGGUGUUAUGAUGCUCGUUCCUUCUGGUUUGGGAGAUCUGCAUGCGUCUAUGACAUUCGAUGAUAGUCUGCAGGUGACCGGGGAAAUGUUGAAGACUAUCAUUGGUAUUUUGCUUGGGCUUUCUGCUGGUCACUGCGCUGUUCAUUUUGGGAAGAGGGACCGUGCGGCGAUGUUUUCCUUCUGA